AUGCACCUCCAACGAGACUGCUAUUGUCCUCGCUGUGGGACACGCACUGUCACUUCAACCGACAUUGAAGUGUAUGAAGCUGCAACACUUGCAUGCGACUGCAACACGACCCUUGUCAUAUCGGACACUUUGGACAAUGUCCCGGAAACGCUCAAUGCCCGCCUUCCUCCGUGCGAGAUUAUUCUCAAGACGCCUACACCCACCAUUUGGUAUCCCUGGUCGACGGAUGCCUUUCGUCGUUCAAGGCCUGCUCUAGGUCGAGUCGUCGCCUCACUUCCCCUCGUGCCCGUGCACUUUUACCUCCAAAUUCCCGACACGCACCUGCCCGACCUCAUUGCCUAUCACGACGAAAUCACUGAAGAUCGCGACUUGUCUACAGCUCCCCUCCUCCUCGAACAGCUUCUCGACUUGUUCCCUUUUGUCUCCAAUGCCCACGACGCCCACGACAACAAGUUUAUGGUGACGGAGAGUGGGGCCCAGUGGCGAGGCCGUGCCAUUGGCUCGCAUCGCCUCUUUACAGUCUCGAGCGUUGAAACCACUGAGCCUCUUGAUCCAGCCUCUUGCAUUCUAUCCUUGCUCGAUGGCCGUGUCCGCCCGCAUACAUGCGCCUCUCUUGUCGCCCUCCGCAUCAUGUCGACUAGCCCGCUCAAGGCGAAAGAAGGUCCUCGCGAACUGUAUUCCAUUCUCAGGCAAGCAGAGGCUGUGUGGGAGAAGAUUAAGAGGAUUCUAGCCAGGCCGACUACACUUUGA